CUCUCUCCCUCUCUCUUUUUCCAGAUGCAUCAGUCCUCAGCCGAUGCUUUAACAACAUCACCCGACUAAAUCUCAAAAACUUGAGGGACAUUUGAAGAUUUUGGAACCCCUCCCCAAAGACUCCUCCUGAAGCAUUUCGGAAUCUUCAUCAUUUGCAGCCAUGGCAAAUCCACUGGAGAAAUUGGUGGCAGAGAAGAAGAAAUCCAUUGAGGCUUUAAUGGAGCUGUUGGAGAAAGGAGCUGAGGUCUUGGCUAGCACAGUGGGGGAGAUGUUUCCCCUGUGUGAAGCUGCUGCUCCAGUCCUGAAGCUUGUUUUGGACAAAGUUGAAAGCAAGGAGGUGCUCUAUGUCAAAGAGCAGUUCAUAGUUGUGAAAAGUAGGCUUGAUGUGAUCUCGUCCCAGCUUGAAGACAUCAACUGUGAGAUACAGAAGGGAAAUGUUGAUAGUCAAUACUUUUCCGUAGAGGAGAACCUACGCAACCUGUACCGCAAAUAUAUUGACAUCUUGAACGCCAAACCAGAGUUCCAGGAGGUCAAAAAAGAUUUGUUCUUGAAACAUUUUAGCAAGACAGGAGGUGAGAAAAACCUCUAUAUGCUGUAUGACGGCCUGAUGGGCAAAAACACGUUUGUAGAGCCCAUCCUGGUGGUGGUGACGAAAUAUGUGGCCAGGAACAGAAGAGUCCUAGAAGACUACUGUGUCCGGAUGAAGGAACUCUUCUGCUUGGGGUUGAUCGUCUUGCUAGGGUAUUGUGCCCUUACUCAAGGGGAGGAUAUAGAACAGGAGAAAAUCUCUGAAUGGAGCGAGAGAAUCCAGGAGGUUGAGAUAAAGAUGAAGGAAGUUAUUGAAGAAUGUGUGCAGUCAUUUUCAGAGCAGGCACACCUGGAUGUCAAGAGGCUAGUCCAGGAAAAAGAGGGAGAGAGUAUCGAAGAAUUCCCCCAGGAGCUGCUCAGUUUUUUGGAAAAGAAAUAUGAUUGGAUCCGUUGGUCUGUUCGCAUUAUUAACCCCUUGGUCAACAACGACGACAAACAUGAGUAUGUAAAAGGACAGAAUUGUUUUGAUGUGCUGCAGGGUAAAAACACUAAAGUAGUCGUGUCCUACUCCAACAAUCCACAGCCUCUUCUCAAGGACAACAUCCAGCAGCUGAUGGACGGUCCUGCUAAGAAGGAAAAACCCAAAGCUGUGGUGGAGAUUCUGGAGAAUCAGCUGCCUGGUUUUAUGAUCCAAGCUGUCAGUAAUAAUAAACAGAGUUUUGCAGCUUGGAACUUUCCAAAAGACUGCCAUUAUUGGGAGCGACACAAAAAAGUGUCCGUCUGUGUGCAUUCAGAUUAGUAACGAGGCCAACAAAUCAAAUUAUAUACCUUAUCGAUAUGUAUAUCACAUAUCUGUAAAACCAUAGCCUUUAGCCAGACAUAAAUUGAAAUGCCAUUUAAACAGAUACUAACCUAUAUUCAUUAUAUUAAUUGUAGCCAAAUAACCAAAAAGUCUUAAUCUAAAUGUCUGUAGUUAACCACAGCAUGCACUUUGGCAUUACAUUAGCCACCCCUUAUAAAUGCAAGAUUUCUUAAACAUCUGUUUUUAAAUCUAAAUCAGUCUUGACCUAUAGUGAACACCAUACUUUGGUUAAAAUUGAGUUUUAGUGUAAACAUAUGAGAAUCAAGAACCCUAUAUAGAACAUUAACAUAACACAGUAACAUAAGACAACAGAAUGCAUAGUACUAGUAAACUAUGAUCCUGUGAUUAUCCUGUACUUGGAUACUAGUUUACAUAUUUUGACAGUUUUAUACUGCAAUGCAUUCAGAAUUUAUGUGUACAUUGGCGAUUUUCCACACUAUGCAUAGCUUUUCGACAUUACAUACGCCUGCCAAAAUGCUGCCCUAUAUAUUCUGUGCAAAACUGCUGCCUCAGGAUUUCCUGCAUACCCCCGAAAGACAGUAUAAAAGAUGUCGUCUAUGAAAAGAUCCAUGAGAUUCCACUUUCAGUCGAAUUUUUCUUUUUCUACUGCAAAUCCUGGCCUGAUUAAAAGAAUAAAAGUGUACCCUGGGGAA